AUUCCCCCUCGCCCGGCCUCCGCCUGCCCUGAGAUGUUCUCCAGAAGGAAGCCCCCCAGCCCCUGCCCCACCUUCCCCAACGUGAUCACGCCGGACACGAUCCCCACCUUCUUCAUCCCUCCCAACUUGGCCAGCCUGCAAGGGCGGCACUCGUGCAACAGCCCCGACGGCCGCAGGAUCCUGGCCCGGCCGGCCGAGCAGCACGUCAUCCAGGUGGAGAGCCCGGAGGAGGGGGAGCUCCAGGCCGUGGGGCGGCUCUACAGCACCUCCUCCAUGCCCCACCUCGCCAGCCCUGCGGGUGUGCCCUUCCUGCCCGAGAGCCCGCACACCCGCCGCCGGGAGUCCCUCUUCCACGGCGGGCGCCUGCCGCGCCGGUUGCAGGGGGCCCGGUUCUCCGCCCCGCCGACGAGGCCUCCCCUGCAGCCUGGUUUAAUGUUUGACAGUGACACGGCCUCCUCCACCGAGACAUCCCCUUUCAGCUCUCCCCUGCUGAUGCGGCCUCUGAGCUGCCCUCCGUUCUGUCCGGCCUACGGGCAUCGCCGAAGAUUCGCCCUCUGCCCCACCGACGUUGGCGCUGCCCCGCGGCCCAACUCCUUGUCCACGGAGGAGACCAGCUCUGCGGACACGAGCCCCAGCUUUCCGCGACGGGAGAAGGAUCCCCCCUGGGGCUCCCCUGCCCCGCUGCCACUCUUCCCGCUGGACCUGAUCCGUUGCCACGAGCGGCUCACCAAGGAGGUGGUGCUGACGGUGAGCAAAGGCGGGCGGCUGAGGCUCUCCAGCGAGUACCUGCAGCCCCAGGGGCGCCUUCGCGUCCGGCUGGUGUGCGCCGAGGCCUUCUACCCUCCCCACUGCGACCCGCGGCACGUCAGCUGCUGCGUCUCCUUGCAGCUGCGGCCCGGGGCAGGCCUGAGGCAGCGCAGCGCCGUCGUCAAGAGGAGCCGCAAUCCCAUCUUCAAUGAGGACUUCUUCUUCGAGGGCGUCUCCCCGGAGGAGCUGUCCAGGUGCAGCUUGAGGCUCAAGGUGCUCAACAAAGGCUCCGGCCUCCGGAGGGACGCGGUGCUGGGGGAGUGCGACGUCCCGCUGGAUUGCCUGUUGCCCUGAAGGGGGCGCCGGUGGACAGGCAACUCACUGACAGGAAGUGGGUGCUGUCGGCAGGAAGUCACUUCCAUUGGCAGGAAGAGGCAUGGGCAACUCCCCGACAGGAAGUGGAUGCUGUCGGCAGGAAGUCACUUCUAUUGGCAG